AUGGCUCCAAUCAUGCACAACACAUCCACCCUGAUGAAGCGCGACUCCAGCGAUAACUUCUCUCUCUAUGUCAUCUUAAUCGUAGCCGGCUGUAUUGCUGCCGUCCUUAUUGCCUCCGGUAUCUACAGCAUGUACCACGGGCCAGAUGAUAACAACAAAAUCCUUGAUAUCCCCAGCCAUCAGAGGGUAUACAUGCGAGAGGUUCGGCAGAAUACGCUCAAUAGAUUGGCCUAUUUGGCAGGAAGGCCUGACUUGGUUACACCUAUGCUGGAUUCUGAUGAUUCAAUGAUUCAAUAA